UUUCGAUCCGGUGAUUGCACUAUCCCAGAUGUAAGAGUGUGAGCUGGCGUUUCUCUCACUGCCCGGGACUGGACUGAAACCUCCCAACACACACACAUACACACACACAAAGCCAGGCGCAACAGUCCAACACACUCACUCUCACACACACACACACACACACACAGAGUAACUGUGUGGAUGGAAGGCACGAUGCAGCCUCACGCCGGGCUGCUCUGGGUUCUUGUGAGCUUGGCUGUACAGAGCGUCACCUCCAAAGGCAAUAAUCUCCGGGACACCGCACAAUGCGAGCUUCCCAAGUCGCAAAGAGAAAUGAACUCGUUCCUGUGGUCGAUCCGGAGAGAGCCCCCGGCGUAUUUAUUUGGGACCAUUCACGUCCCUUACACCAGGGUGUGGGACUUUGUGGCGGAUAACUGCAAGCGAGCUUUCCAGCACAGCAACAGCGUGUACUUCGAGCUCGACCUGACCGACCCGUACACCAUCUCAGCCCUGACCAGUUGUCAGAUGCUGCCACACGGGGAGAACCUGCAGGAUGUGCUGCCCAGGGACCUGUACCGCAGGCUCAAGCGGCACCUGGACUAUGUGAAGCUGAUGAUGCCCCUGUGGAUGACACCCGACCAGAGGGGCAAGGGGCUGUACGCGGAUUACCUGUUCAAUGCCAUCGCCGGGAACUGGGAGAGGAAGAGGCCCGUCUGGGUGAUGCUGAUGGUCAACUCGCUGACCGAGGCCGAUAUCAGGUCCCGGGGGGUCCCCGUCCUCGAUCUCUACCUCGCCCAGGAAGCCGAGAGGAUGAAGAAAAGGACCGGGGCGGUGGAGCGGGUCGAAGAGCAAUGCCACCCUCUCAAUGGGCUCAAUUUCUCCCAGGUCCUCUUUGCUUUAAACCAAACUCUGCUGCAACAUGAAAGCCUCCGAGCAGGCAGUUUGCAAGCCCCUUACACAACAGAGGACCUCAUCAAGCAUUACAACUGUGGGGACUUGAAUGCUGUCAUCUUUAAUCAUGAUACAUCCCAAAUGCCUAACUUUAUCAACACCACCCUCCCGCCACAUGAGCAGGUGACAGCUCAGGAGAUAGACAACUAUUUCCGCCAGGAGUUAAUCUACAAGAGGAAUGAAAGAAUGGGCAAAAGGGUGACAGCUCUUCUGGAGGCAAACCCAGAUAAAAGCUUUUUCUUUGCAUUUGGAGCAGGUCAUUUCCUUGGGAACAAUACAGUGAUUGAUGUCCUAAGGCAAGCAGGCUAUGAAGUUGAGCAUACACCUGCAGGACAGCCAUUCGAACUGAAAAAGACAGAGAAAAGUGGAUUAUCUUCAGGUAGUUCAUCGCUUCCAUCAACUUCCACUCCAAUCAAUGCAUCAUUGGAAGAUUCCAUGCCACUUCCUUCUGAGACCUCUCCUGUUGAUUUAGAUGAUGACGUCAUUUCUCCUCACCUCCUGAUGCCAGACAGCCUUAGUCAAUUGGAAGAGUUUGGCCGCCAAAAGAAACGGCAGAAGAAGCUUCCCAAGCAACAGCGUCAACGACAGUUCAGUGACCUAUGGGUUCGCAUUGAAGAGAGCACAACAGUCAUGCCAUCCAAUAUCAGAAUUAUCAACGGUUACAUCACAGUGGAACCUGCGCACGAACCUUCACAUCAAAAGGAGCAACGUCCCACUCUCAACACUGCCUCAAUGGCCACAGCCCCAUCAGCAACUGUGCUCUUUGGUGGGGUAGUCUGUUUAAUCUGGAGUCUGCUGUGGCCUUCCUGACCCUCUGCACACGCAACCUUAACCCACACCAUUAAGAGAAAAAAAACCUUAAAAGAAUUUCUGGUGUUAGCUGAUGGAGCUUUUUGUCAUUAAAUAUAGGAAGUGCCUGUACCUUCAGCUUGGUGGACCCCACAAGACUUGGUUGCAUCAGAACUGUCAUGUUCUUUGUGAUGAUGCAGAAGAAACUAAAAUGAGACUCAGAAGCUCAAACAGCCAUAUGGUGACAGCAUCUUCUUUUUGUAGAAGGAUAUUUUCCCAUGAUGCUAUGGGACAUUGUAAAUUUACUUCUGAAAGUCUAUAUGUUCAAAUAAUGUAUAUUUAUUCCCCAUCAAAAGUUAAUGUUUUUGUUACAUAUAUGACUCCAAAACAAAAGUCCAGAGCUCUAAAAAGUUACAAUUUAAUCUGUUCAAGCAAGGUCCAUUUUAUCCCAAAUGUCAACUAUUUAUUUGUUGAGAAAUGUAUUAGCUGAAGAUUCCUUCUGAGUCCCACUUUAAAGCCUUUAACGAUUCAGUUAAUGUUCAGUUUAUCCUGUAGAUCUGAAGAUAACUGAAAGAUGUCUGUCCUGUUCACUCUUCUUAAAGCAGUGAUUCAUAAAGAAGGUUAGGAUGUUUUCCUGCAGAACCGUGGUUAGUAAGUCUCACAUCUGAACCUUAUAAACCAGCAUGUCCCACAUCUGAAAGAUGACCUGUACUCUUAUUGAGCUAACAAAGCUGAUAUUACAGAAGCAUCUGCCUCAUCCAGUCUAUUAAAGAUUAAAAUCACUAUAUCUAGGCA